AUGGACGCCCCAUUAUUAUUCGGACAAUACCAAAGCUUUUGGACAGUCUUCCUGUUACGAACGGCGGUCGACAAGCUGGCCAGAAAGAACUACAACAUCGCUCGAGCCAGACCAGCGGAGAGUAAGCAAAGCCUCAUCUUUCGACUCGGAGCUCUGCAACGAGAACUUACGCAAGAACAACUUGCUUCUAUCAUUGCAGAAUUCCUGGCCUGCCAGUACGGACCUGCAGAUAUGCAAUGUGCCCCACAGCAAGAAUGCAAUCCGCAGGGCCAGCAGCAACAACAACCCCCACCACCGAAUGCGGGAAUUGUUGCGAGGAAUGAUGAGGCACUGGAUGAUGAUUCUAGAGACCGUAUCUUAAGGCUGGAACUGAUGGCUGGAGAUUUUCAAGCACUCUACAAUCAGUGUCAAGCACUCUACAAUCAGUCUCAAGCACUCUACAAUCAGUCUCAAGCACUCUACAAUGGAUCUCAAGCACUCCACAAUGAGUCUCAAGCAUUUUACAAUGAGUCUCAGAAUCGCAACACAGAACUGAGAAUGCAAAGCGAUAACUCCGAGGCCCGCAUCACAGCGCUAGAAGCAAAUGCUACCCGCCAAAACGCUCGUCUCGCUAGGCGAAGGGUCCAACGUAGAGUUCUGUCCAAUAGGGAAAGAGCUCGCUUGAGAAGAGCUGAUCAAAGAAUUAGACGACGGAGCCAACGGUUGUUGGAAGCGGUGCAAGAUGUCCACGGCUUGGCUGAUGGAUGGAGGUGGAUUUGA